UGUAGAUGAUUUAAUGCUUGAUCUAGAUGAGAGCCUAGUAAAGUCAAACUUCUCACCGUUUCUUCUGUGGGCAUCCACACAGCAAAAGAGCACAUUUCAAGUAAACCUGUGAAUAUUGUGGCACUAGUAAUAUUCAAGGUUUGCUUAAGAAAGCCAGAGGGUUCUAAGUGUAAUUGUUCCUCCUGUAAUGAGGAUUGAAAAGAAAAGGAGCAGCAAAAACAUGAAAAUUGGUGCGUAAAAGUUUGCAGCAAGAUAUCCAUGGAGCCAAACUUCUCAAAUGAUGAUAUCAUUUGAAUGCAUUUGUGCAUCAAUCAUGGAAACUUUACUGCUGAUGAUGGCCCAUGCUUAUCAUGGAGAAACCCAGGCAUUGAGAUGCUAAUUGAUUUCUUGGAUUUUCAUCAGCACUGGGAACCAUCUUAUGUUCGACAGGGAAUGUCUUCCAUGUUGUCCACCAUAUAUUUGCAAGAAAUUUCUGCGAAGCCUUAGAAAACCAUGUUGUAUGGGCAGUGUGUAUUUGAUUCUAUCCAGCCUGUGAAAAUAAGACGGACACCAAUCUUAUGUGAUCAGGUGGAGAAUAGCCACAGAUGAAAAUAUGGAGCUUGCUUGCUGUGCUUUUUCAGAAGGAGUUGAAAGUUGUUUGCAUGAGAAGGUUCUGUUCCAGACAUGACUAGUGAGCAGUUUCUCUCAUUUGAAGUUACAAAAAAUAAAGCUAGCUCAUUUGCUAAAGGUGUUAGAAUCUUGGUUGUGGAAAGUGAUCCUACAUGCCUCAGAAUUGUGUCAAAAAUGCUUCAGGCAUUUGGAUAUGAAGUUACAACUGCUACACAAGCCACUGAUGCAUUGCAUAUUUUAUGGGAGAAAGAAGAUGAAAUUAACCUUAUUCUGAUAGAAACUCACUUGUCUGAUAUGGAUCAAUAUGAGAUCAUUGAGACAGUGAGAGCAAUGUCUUCUUCUUUGCCCAUUGUCGUUUUUUCAGCUGAUAACAAUGUGAGCGCCAUGUUAGGCUGGCUGUAUAAAGGGGCUGCACUUUAUCUAAUGAAGCCAAUCGUUAAGAAUGAUGUAAAAAACCUUUGGCAGUUAACAUAUAGAAAGAAAAAAAAGACAACUGUAUCUAGCGUAGGAUCGAACAGCUUUCAUGCUGGGUUGGCAGAGGAGAAUGCUUCAAGUGUGACUGCAGGGAUCCCAUCACUCUUAAGUACCACGGGGAAGAUUGACCAAAUGGGAAAAACAAAGGAGCUAGAAGAGAUAGAUAGCGAUGAUGAAGAUAAUGACAAUUUGACUGUUCUAAAGAAGCCAGGGCUUGUUUGGACUAAUGAGCUGCAUAACAGAUUCUUGCAAGCUAUCAGGAUAUUAGGCGUUGAUGGUGUCCAUCCAAAGAAAAUACUUCAGCACAUGAAUGUCUCGGGGCUAAAGAAAGAAAAUGUUUCAAGCCAUUUACAGAAAUAUCGUCUUUCCUGGAAGUGGGAACAAGAUGCAACACAGAAGACCAUGAUUAGAGAUCACCAUCCUUCAUUGACUUUGAAUUUACAAGGAGAGUUUUCUCAAUUCACAAACCCGCAAUUCUCCAUGGCAAUAUCUCAAUCAGAACACAGAAACAAUAUCCAGAAUAAUCUCUGUAGUCCUGUGUCAAUGCAUUCCCGUGGUUCUGCACAUUCUCUUACUCGAGUGAACACAAACUCUGAUGGCAUGUUGAUUCCUAGCUAUGGGCAACAAAGCAAACAGCUAGACCAUACUUACCCCAAUUGCAGUCAUACUGGAAUUGGGACUAAUAAUGAUGGGAACUUGGCAAGUUUAGGACAGAAAAGAAAUCAUAAUGUGGAAGAACAUCUCAAUCAAGGAACCACUUUCUCCAAUGUCGGAACUCAUGGCCCAACAUUUCUGGGCAACUCUCAGCAGCAGCUGCAGUUUCCACUGCUACAGCCUCAACCACUUCCAGAGAAGGAAGAUGAAUCUGACAUUCCCAAUAACAUAACAGAGGCAAGGAAUGAGUUUUUGGUGACGAAAAAUGAGUUCCUUGACAAUCCUAAUAAUGAUCUCUGGCUCUGAAGUGGCCAUGGAAUCGAGAUUGGCUUUGAUGCUUUAUAGAAUGGAGAGCAAGAUCCCCGAAAACUUUGAAUCUGGCCAUGGUUGACGCAGCAGAAGCCAAAGAAAGGGUGCAAUUGCUGGACACAUUAUCUCUCAGUUUGACAUUUAGUUUUACAGUUAAUAAGUAGUUAAAAUACCUCAAUGAGGGCUCUGUUAUUUGGAUGCUGUUUCCUUGUUUGCUAUGCCGAUAAAUUAGUGACUGUUUGUUGUUAUUUAGUUGCUCUUUUCUUGUUUGCAAUGGCAUAAAUUAAUCUCUACUGUCUGGGGAAAAAACUGAAGUUACUGGAUAUUUGUAGCUC